UGAUAAGGAAUAUGUAAUGAUAAAAGGGCAGAGAACCAAAUGAAACAGAGCAGAAAAUCAAUGGAGAGUUUGAUGUUUUCCUUUGCUCUUUCAAUCUUGUUAUUAAGUAGCUUUACCCUCUCUUUUGAUUCCUCCACCGAUCAAAAUGCACUUGUUUCCUUCAAAAACUCCAUCAUCUCCCACCCUUAUGCCUUCAAUUGGUCACAAAACACAUCUGUUUGUGAUUGGAUUGGUGUGUCGUGCGGCCUCAAGCACCACCGCGUCACUGCUCUCAAUCUCUCCGGCUUCGGCCUUGCUGGAACUAUUGCUCCACAUCUCGGAAACCUAACGUUCCUGAGAUAUUUGGACAUAAGUUCCAACAGUUUCACAGGGAGCUUACCCUCUGAGCUCUCUAAACUGCGUCGUUUAAAGGUGAUGAACGCCGGAAUAAAUUCAUUCACCGGAGAAAUACCACCAUGGUUGGGCAGUUUACCUCAACUAGAAGCACUCAAUCUGUACAGUAAUCAGUUGAGUGGUUCCAUACCACAUGCUAUUUUCAAUGUCUCUUCAAUUAGAGAAAUUGAAAUUGGCAAUAAUAGCCUAUCAGGUAUGCUGCCAAGUGAUAUGUGCAACAAUACGCCCAACAUCAAAAUAUUGUCACUUGAACAAAAUCAAAUUGGAGGGGAAAUUCCGUCAAAUAUAUGGAAAUGCACACAUCUUGAGAUGUUGUCAUUAUCCUACAACAAUUUCAGUGGCAACAUUCCACGUGAAAUUGGAAGACUGGCCUUCCUUUCAAAUAUGUCGUUGGGGUACAAUAAUGGUUUUGGAGGAGGACUUCCACAAGAAAUUGGAAAUCUCACAAGACUAGAGAUAUUAACAAUUGGCGGUGCUUCUCUAACCGGGGAUAUUCCAUCUUCAAUCUUCAACAUCUCUUCUUUGAGAAUCUUGAGUUUAUCUCACAAUAAUUUGUCAGGUGAAUUACCACAAGAGAUUGGCACUCUGCCAAGACUCGAGUUUUUCUCUGUGUUUAACAAUUCUUUCCAUGGAUCCAUCCCAUCUUCAAUAUUCAACAUAUCAACAUUGAAAAAUUUAGCAGUUUCAUUCAAUGAGUUUUCUGGUACUCUUCCUUCAGACAUUGGUCGUUCACUUAUUAAUCUUGAAGCCUUCUAUGCGAGUAAUAACAGACUAAGUGGUCCAAUUCCAACCUCCAUUACCAAUUCUUCUAAACUUACACACUUGGACUUGUCUCUCAACUCAUUUAGUGGCUCCAUACCACUCUUUGGUAAUUUGAACCUCCUACAAUGUCUUCUCCUUUACAAUAAUAAUUUGAGUGGAGCAAAAUUCCCAACCCAAGAAUUGACAUUUCUCUCUUCAUUAACGAAUUGUCGAUAUUUGGAUCGGUUGGGUGUGUCUGGUAAUCCCCUUAGUGGCAUCUUACCCUCCUCACUUGGGAAUUUUUCUUCUUCUCUUUUGACUUUUGAAGCAUCACAAUGCAACAUCAAGGGUUUCAUUCCUUCUCAGAUAGGAAACUUAUCUAGUAUCCUAUUCAUUUAUUUGGCUGGGAAUCAACUGAGUGGACCAAUUCCACCAACAAUUGGGAAAUUGAAGAAACUCCAAAGCAUAAAUCUUAGGGGCAAUCAAUUGGCAGGGCCUAUCCCUAACAAUGUUUGUAGAAUGAAUAGUUUGGGGGAGUUGGUCCUUGCUAGUAACAUGCUUGUGGGUACAAUACCUGAUUGUUUGGGUGAUGUUAAAUCCUUGAGAGUGAUUCAUAUAGCUUCCAACCAAUUGAAUUCAAUCAUUCCUCCCAAGUUGUGGAAUCUUAGAGAUCUCAUUUCUUUGAAUUUGUCCUCCAAUUCCUUGAGGGGUCAAUUGACAUAUCAGCUUGGCAAAUUAAAGUCAAUAAACUCUUUGGAUUUGUCUUUGAAUCAAUUUUCAGGCGAUAUUCCCAGCUCAAUUGAUGGUUGUGAAUCUUUAGAAUUUCUUGACUUAUCAAAUAAUUUGUUUAGUGGAUCCAUUCCUCAAUCAUUGGGAGAGGUUAAGAGUUUGAUAAGAUUGGAUUUAUCCUUCAAUAAUCUUUCCGGAUCAAUACCCAAAUCCUUAGAAAACCUUACAUUACUUGAAAAUUUUAAUGUUUCCAACAAUAAACUGGAGGGGGAAAUUCCAGAUGGGGGUUGUUUUCGUAACUUCAGUGCCACUUCUUUUUCCCACAACUUAGCUCUCUGCGGUCCAAUAACAUUUCAAGUUUCGCCCUGCUCAGAAAAAAAUCAUAGAUCAUGGUUAAAGAAACUUGUGGUGUCAUCAGUGGUUAUAGCUGUCAUCGCGGUGUUUGUAAUGCUGGUUCUCAUAAGCAUGCGCAAACAGAAAAAAGUAGCACUCCCUGCUGACAUUUCACCAGGAACUACUGAAUGCAAAAGAAUUUCUUAUAAAGAACUUGAACAAGGAACAAGUUCAUUUAGUGAAAUCAACUUACUUGGAAGAGGUAGUUUUGGUUCAGUAUUCGAAGCAACACUUUUCGAUGGGUUAAAAGUUGCAGUGAAAGUGUUCCACUUGGAAUUGCAAGGAGCGGCAAAGAGCUUUGAUGCAGAAACUGCUAUAUUAAGCAACAUUCGACACAGAAACUUAGUUCGAGUUAUUGGAUGUUGUUGUAACAUGGAGUUUAAAGCACUGAUUCUCGCAUACAUGCCAAACAGGAGCUUGGAUAAAUGGUUGCAUUCCGAUAAGUGUGGUUUGGAUCUUAUAAAGAGACUGAAAAUAGCAAUAGAUGUUGCGGCCGCCUUGGAAUAUCUUCACCAUUACUACACAUUCCCAGUUGUUCAUUGUGAUAUAAAGCCAAGUAAUGUGUUGCUUGAUCAAGACAUGACAGCUCAUCUUGCUGAUUUUGGUAUUUCCAAGCUUUUUGAUGGAGGGGAAACAACUAUUCAAACACAAACAAUGGCAACUAUUGGUUACGCAGCACCAGAGUUUGGAAUGGAUGGCAAAGUGUCAAUAAACGGGGAUGUAUACAGUUUUGGGAUACUGCUGCUAGAGAUGUUCACUGGAAAGAAGCCAACUGAUGAUAUGUUCGGUGAAGAAAUGGGUUUAAAGGAGUGGGUAAGUGAAGCAUUAGAGCAAAAUGCAGCAGCUGAAAUCAUGGCGUCUACUCUGUUAUCAACGGAAGAUCAACAUCACUUUGCAAAGGAGCAAUGUUUGUUGUCAAUAUUUCAAUUGGCAAUGAAAUGUUUAGCCGUUUCAGCAGAUGAAAGAAUCAAUAUGAUUGAAGCAGCGGCCGGUCUACACCGUAUCUAUACAACAAUUGUAGCCGGUAAUGGGGUUUGAUUCUUGUAGGAAGUGUAGCUUUGAAUUUCAAUAUGAUAAAACUUAAUAGGUUUAUGUAUUGAUGGAUACAUUUGUUUAGAAUGAUGAAAAUAAAUCCCUCACUCAAAAUAUGUCUAAUGCAAGUGGAACUUGACUUAAAA